UUUCAAGGUACUUCAAUGCAAGGAUGCUUGUAAAUUUUCUUCAUCCUUUCUUUAAAUCAAGAGUGGAUUGUGACGUUGUAAGUUCAGAUGGAUACUCCGUUGGUAACCUUGUAAGUAUAGAUUUCAGGGAAAGUUCGCGAGGUUUUUUGGCCGCCCAUUUUAUUAAGCCUCCGGCCCUGUUGCUGAUCCAACUGCCAUUUCCUAUUCACGUGGAAUCCAUGAUCAUCAAACCCAAAGUGGGAUCUCAGAUUUCAUCAGGCAUAGCCAUUCUGGUGGCGGGAAUAGCAACCAAACGUGAUCCUUCUAGAAAAGGAGACACCUCCAACAAUAAAUCAUCACAGCUCUCGAAAAAGAAAAGAACUAAAAGAGAACUCCUUUCAGAUUCAAACAAAGUUGGGAUUUGUCAACAAGGUUCUGCAGUUUGUUGCCAGAAUCGUUUGGAGAAAGAAACAUCCAUCCACUUCCCUAACCACAGUUAUGAACUUGACAUUACACCAGGCUCAGCAAAAGGUGAACAUUCACAGUUUUUCUCUCAGGUUGCUUGGCUGAAUGACAGAGAAGGAAAAACUAUCCACAUUCAAAACAAACUAUUUCAACAGAGAAGCCCUGUUCAAGGGUUUAAUCCUGGAGGAAGAUCAGACUUUCAAAAAGGGGAAUUCCAACGACCUUAUUUGCUACAAAAGGUUACUCAUGUGGCACUGAAGAUUGUGAGACUAAGUGGUUCCAGUGUGCCAGCUAUUGGCAAAGUUGAAAUUUGGGGACAACCAUCUGCUGCCUGCAAACCAGGAGUUUUAGAGUAUGCUUUAGGCAUUCAAGAAAAAAUCCAGGCAGGUGCUGUAGUCAAGACCACCGCCAUCAGAAAUAGAACCACUGAGAAUUCUAAAAAUCACACUCUGUUAAGUUAUAACAGUAGUUCCCUUGCAGAAGAUUUCAUUGAUCCAAUCACUUGUGAACUCAUGACUGUACCUGUGUUAUUACCAUCUGGUCACAAUAUAGACACAACCACACUAGAAAAGCAUAUUACAGCAGAGAGAUCAUGGGGACGAUUACCUUCUGAUCCAUUUACUGGGAAGGUAUUCUCAGACACAAGUAAGCCAGUGCCAAACAGUGCACUUAAAGUUAGGAUUGAUAAGUUUCUGUUAACAUCAGGUGCCAGUACUUCAAGUUGUGGAAGAACAGUUGGAAGAGGGAACAGCUUAUCUGGAGCAAGUAAUCUGAACGAUAGCCUGCUACUGAAAACAAACAGCAAUGCACCCUCGGGAGAAUCAAACAAGAGUGUUCAUUGUGAGAGCAAAGAGUUCAGUGAACAGAGUGAUUCAAAUUCAAGAGUAGAUGUAUCAGAUCAAACAGGGGUAGAGCUUGGCCACGAGGAAGCAGUUUCUAGAAGUCUUGAGUCAGCUGUACAUCAGACACUCAGAGGGCUUCACAUGUUCACAAGAAAUAUGACAGGCUAUAAAGAAAUGCCAACUGUUAUGCAAGCCUCCAUUACACAGGCAAACACAGGUAUACAAGGACGAGUAAAGAGAGCAGCGCCACAAGCUUCAGAAACUUUGAGAAACCAAAUCAAAAAGAAGAAAUCAACAGUUUUGUGUGUGACGUGUGAUAGGGAUCUCUCCACGGAGUCUAUAUUUCAUUUGCCAUGUCAACACGUGAUGUGUCGGUCAUGUCUGAUGAGUGCAACUCAAGAGAAGAACAGUGGCAGUACAUGCAAGCUGUGUAAAACAAAGUUUAGGAAAAUGGAUGUUACUCGAGUUCAUAAUAUGUGAUGUAGCUCGAGGAGUAGCUGCACAAUGCCCAACCACUUCGAAGUUGUACUCCUCCCAAAACGGGUAUACGCGUCUACGUGGUUACGCGGCGACGUGGCAAGCGGCUACACAGCUACACGGCUACGCGUCUAUUUGUCUACGUGGCUACGCGGCUAUGCGGCUAAGCGGAUAUGCGGGUGUGUGUCUACGUGACUUCGCGGCUACGCGUCUACAAGGCUACGCACCAAUAAGGCUAAUUGGCUACAUGGCUACGUAUUUAUUGGCUACGCGUCUAUUGGGUAAGCGUCUACGUGGCUGCGCGGCUACGCGUCUGCGCUAAUCUAACAGCAUGUUCGUCAUAGAGGUAUGUGCAUAGCCGAGUAGCCACUGUUUUUUUCACUUUUUCGUUGAAGUGUCUCUGCGUAGCCUAUCGUUUUUACAGAGGUAUCUUCGUAGCCGCUCCUGCGUUGUCACUAUUUCAAUAAGUGUUUUCGAGUGGCUGCUUAUUCUGCAAUGAAGAGUACCUCGAAAAGACCGUACACAGAUGCUAAAUUAAGAUUCUUCACAGAGUAAACACAUUUAUCCUUUCCAACCCCUUGCGAAUGUUGUAAACGAAGCGAAGGUGGACACGUGAUAGGUAUUCCAGCACUCAUGUCUGAGAUUGUAGAUCAAUAAAUCCCAACAAUAUAAUAGUCUGCUUUAGCAGAACAGUACUUAGCAUUGACAGAAAUCCAUUUUAGUAGAAACGGCGACUAGCGAUGGCCAAGACGGAAGUUAAUUACAUUGCGCGGGAACCUAAAGGGUCAGAGACAUGCACGCGCACUACUCAGUCUACCCCUCACAGUACGAGAAGUCCAUUAGGUUGAUUUGUCUUCUUUCAUUUUAUUUGAAACGGUAUUCUAGUUUUAAUUAACUUCACUUUGUCCAAAUUGCUUUACUUUAGUGAUGUUGCGUUAUUAAAAAGAGACGCUUCAGCGUAAGGGAAUUCCCAAAAAAGAACUCGCUCAUUGAAACGGCUCAUCGCGCGAGGUGUAGUGUGCGAACUCCCUUUCUUUCGCGCCGGCUAACCGAUCAACAUUUCCUGGGACAUUUGAACACACAUCAUGUUGCGUGAACCAUCUAAACGAUCCUUCCUUUGCAAAAUUUUAGAUGAAAAUUUCAAGUUAGGGGCGGCUAAACCGUAAUGAGACAUGCUCAUUUGUCAGGUUGUCAAAUGAACAUGUUUGGUUAGUGCAGGCUGUGCAGUGCAUUUUCCAUGUCUCUAAUGGGAGACGAUCAGUUGCGUAAACUGUUAAAAUGCGGUAAUAAACUUCAAAGCCUCCGAAAAAUAUCGGGAAUACUU